AUGGGAAAUGAAUUAUUCAAGAAAACCCCUGAAGGGAUCCUGUUGAAAUGUUUAGGAGAAAACGAGGCGUACUUAGCAUUAUCUAGUGUACAUAGUGGAGCCUGUGGAGCACACCAGGAAGGCUAUAAGAUGAAAUGGUUGCUUUUCAGAUAUGGAAUGUAUUGGCCCACCAUGUUAAAAGAUUGUAUAGAAUUUGCUAAGGGUUGCCAAGAAUGUCAAGUACAUGCAGGAAUUCAACAUGCUCCUGCAAGUGAGCUUCAUGCAAUUAUCAAGCCUUUGCCUUUCAGAGGUUGGGCAUUAGAUCUGAUUGAGGAAAUUCGACCUACUUCAUCCAAAGGUCAAAAGUACAUCCUUGUGGGAAUUGACUAUUUCACUAAAUGGGUCGAAGCAGUACCUUUAGUAAAUAUGGAUCAAGAAACUGUCAUUGAAUUCAUUCAAAGGCAAAUAUUAUAUAGAUUUGGGAUCCCAGAAAGGAAGAAGCCAAAAAAUUGGCACAAAACUUUAGAUCAAACACUUUGGGCUUGUAGAACCUCCCCUAAAGAAGCUACUAAUACCACACCUUUCCAACUUACAUUUGGACAUGAUGCAGUAUUACCUGUCGAAAUCUACUUGCUAUCAAUGAGAAUCCAAAGACAAGGAGAAAUUCCAUCUGACCUAUAUUGGGAAAUGAUGAUGAAUGAACUGGUUGAUUUGGACGAAGAAAGGUUACAUGCAUUAGAAGUAUUAAGAAGACAGAAGGAAAGGGUAGCAAAAGCAUACAAUAAGAGGGUCAAAGGUAAAACUUUCAUUAUGAAUGAUUUAAGUUGGAAAGUUAUAUUACCUAUGGAUCAAAAGAACAAAACAUUAGGAAAAUGGUAUCCACAUUGGGAAGGACCUUUUCGAAUUUUAAAAGCAUUUUCAAAUAAUGCAUACGAAAUAAAAGAACUAGUAGAGGAUCGAAGAAUCCUAAAAGUAAAUGGGAAAUACUUAAAGAAGUAUAAACCAUUUGUGCAUGAAGUUAAAAUCAUAACAAUGUAG